AUUCCUGAGCAGUGCUCAAAUUUCCUGAAGCCCCACACAUACCUUCAGUGCGUCUCCGAGCAAGACUGCCUUUUUGCCCUCUGUGAAUCUGCGCCCUUGGAAAGACAAAAAGAUGUUGAGGAGUCUCUCAGUAUUUGUUCUCCUGGCGGUCGCCUGCUGUCAUGCCGAGGAGGUGAAGAGCAAGUCCAAGAUCUGUGCCAAUGUGUUUUGCGGGGCAGGGAGAGAAUGUGCCAUCACUGAAAAAGGAGAGCCAACCUGCCUUUGUAUUGAGGAAUGCAAACCUCACAAGAGGCCCGUGUGUGGCAGUAACGGCAGGACCUACCGGAAUCACUGCGAGCUCCACCGGGACGCCUGCCUGACGGGGCUGAAGAUCCAGGUCGCCCACGACGGACACUGCGAAGAGAAGAAAACUGAGAAAUCUGCAGCAAGCCCAAUUGUGUGCUACCUUGCCGAUCGCAACGAACUGAGAAACCGCGUCAUCGAGUGGCUGCAGACCGAAGUGGUUCCAGAUGGGUGGUUCUCCAAGGGCUCCAACUUCUCCGAAAUCCUCCACAGAUACUUUAAGACCUAUGAUGAUGGUGACUCCCAGAUGGACUCAGCUGAGUUCCUGAAGUUCAUUCAGCACAAUGAGACUGCUGUCAACAUCAGCUCAUACAUGGAUGAGGAGAACAACCGUCUUCUCAGGAGCCUGUGUGUAGACGCACUCAUUGAACUUUCAGAUGAAAACGCUGACUGGAAACUGAGUUUCAACGAGUUCCUCAACUGCUUCAAGCCUGGAUUCAACCCCACUCAGAAGAAAUGUGCCCUGGAGGACGAGACCUUUGAAGAUGGGGCAGAGACCCAGGUGGAGUGUAACCGCUGCGUGUGUGCCUGUGGGAACUGGGUGUGCACUGCUAUGACCUGUGACGGACAAAAUAAGAAGACAGCCCCUCUGGAGGACACUGACCUGACCGGACAGGAGGAGAUGACGGAGGAGGAAUGGACCCGCAGGGUGGAGGAGCUGAACAAACACCAGGAAACAGUGGAGAAAUCAAAGAAAUCCAGCACAAAGGAGAAAUAAAGAGCACAGGCGUGCGAAGAGGAAAUGGGAAAGCUCUCCAGUCAUCCUCACAUUUUUCCUUCAUGAAGAUCAGGCUGAUGCUUGACUUGCGUACUGUUGCCGAAAAAAAUACAUUGUAGUUUUUUGUGUGUGUUUUUGUUUUUGUAUUCCGAUGUUUAUUUUUUGCUGUGAUUGCUAUACGUGGGGUAGCAAUCCAACAUUGUUGUAUGUAGGGUGCUGUAGCCUUUAGAUUGUACCACUGCUGGCCUCAGCAGAAAGAGGGCAGUGUCUUUUUUGUAAAACAGCUGCCGUAAGUAACUCUCAACAGCUACAAGAGGGCAAAAGAAGGGAAGGACUGGUGCUUUGCAGGCUCUGCCAUCUCAACUUGCACAGCUGGAUUUGGAUUUGAACCGUACGGCGUUACUAAGGACAAUAGCAUGAUGUCUAGUCUCUUAAGUACAGUUAAUAAGGGUCACUGGGAGCAGGGUUUUUCUAAUUAAGUCUUAGAAAAGUACAGUUUUCACAGCUAGGCCCUUCCUGUCCACGAGUCCAUGACUGGCACAGCUGGAUUUGAACUGGCAAUUUCAGCCCUUGAAAAGCAUAUUAACAUACAACUCAUAUAAGAUUAGAGAAUAACAUCACAUUUGGGAAAAUCAUGUUACAACGAGGAAUGUUACCAGUAUAAUAUACGUUUUAUAUGUAUCUGCUGAAUUGCUCAGUUUUGUUUUUCACAAAAUGGGCCAGGCAUAUGUAUUCAUAAUAGCACUGCUUGUACUGCUUGUAAGCAUGUACAGAACCAUGCUUGAAUGCACUGUAUUUCAAUGAGAGGAUAAGUAUUUGUAUGUUUAAUUUAACCUAGAACAAAUGAUGAAAGACAUAUUUUGAGUUUUGCAAACAUCAUCCCCAGCUGUUUAGCUGCGCUGUAUGAAGUUGUCACUGCUGUGAAAUUUUAGAACCAUCCCAAAGUUUGCACAACUUUGGUUCAACUCCUAGUUAACUCUUAACGGUGCAAGACCUUAUUCAGCAUAAACACACUGGGGUCCACUGCUAUGUGGGAUACUUAGUUUAACGAGGCACAGCUCUUUUCCCUGUAAAAUGAACAGCACUCCUUCGGCAUUUCAUAAAGGUGCUAUAUUUUUAAGUUGUUAUAGUAUUCUUGAACAUGUUUUUGCAAAAGCUAGUCUUUUUUAUUUUAAACUUUAUUGUAACUCAAGACUGCAGUCUUAAAGAAGUCCAAUAAAAAUGCAUGCUUUUCACAAAUGGGGACAUACUCAUAAAGUGUAAGAUGUGUAAAUGCACAGAAUUGUAAAACCGGCAUGAUACCACUUUCUGAAUGUGCCACUUGUGUUCCCUGGUGUUCUUCCUCUUCAGAGUGCAGCAAUUAGUCGCUUUCCAGUAGUUUCAUCUGAAAGCCGUGUUGCACAUUGUUCGUUUAUUUCACCUAAUAGCAACGAUGGAAAUCAAUUUUAUUGGCUUUUGCUCCAUCCUUUCUGUUUAGUCUGGGCUGACUGGUGAUUAACCUGAUUGCAACAUGUCUGUGUACUGAGAGAAUCUGAAUCAUGGUUUUGCCAUCUGCUUUAGAAACGCUGCUGUCUGUUUUUUGUUGUUUUCAAUGUAUGACAGAUUGAAAGUAUGUAUCUGAACAAAAGGAGUCUCGGCACUAGAUGGGAUUUGUUUGCUGCUUGUGAAUGGGCUCAGAAAAAUCAUGGAUGGAGGAUGAAAUGAUGGAAUUCAAUUACUGGGAGGGAGGGAACGUUCCUGCAGGGAAUGAAUAAUAACAGACACAGAUGUUGUACGUCCAGGUUGUGGGUGGAUUUGGGAUGUCAGGAGUGCCUGGCACAAUGAAAGAACGAGCAGCAAAAGUGUCAGCCUGUGGGGCGUAAAUUGAGCCGCUGAGUCAUUGUAAAGCACUGGGAACGAGCUGGAGACACUGAAACCAAAGCCUGAAGUUGAAUGAUGUUGUAUAACUCCAGGUAAUACAUUACUCUGGACCCAGCAACGACAAUAUACCUUUUCUUUCAAUCUCUAUCAGUGGAGUAGAAUCAGUAUCUCUAGAAGCAUAAAUUCUGUAGUUAUUUUAUAGUUCAGUUUCACACGAUCCUAUUGACAAUUUAGUUGUACCGCGUGCAGAAUCAGUGCCUUAACAAUCAUGGAAGAGCAGGGGGUGUUUUCAGAAGAAAAACUCCUUUAAAGCCAUCAAAAGCAAAAUCAGCAGCUGUAAGAAAGAUGGCCGUUUUUCCACUGAGUGUUAGAUCCCACCUAGGAUAUUUUAAACAGCACAAAUGUAUCUGGCAGUAUUACCUUAUAAUAGUCUAAAUUUGUUUCGUUUUUGUCUUGUGAGCAUGUAAACCGUUUUGUAUACGUGUAAAAGCUAUCACUACAUUGUUUACUCACUGUUUAUUUUUAUUACUGCUUUGUGUCUUACAGGUUAUUUGGGGUAUACAUGCCAAUAAAAAUACUACAAAAUUC